AUUAGAGAAAGUGAUUGGUAACAAACAAAACAAAACAAAUUAUGAAAUUAGCAAUUUAAACCCAAAUAAAACAUCGAAGUGCUACAGUGAUAUCCUGAGAAUUAAAAUAAUGGUAAAUCUUAACAUGGACGGACCAGCUAGGGAUCAGGUAAUGAAAUUGAUACAAGAAAAAGAUCGAAUAGAGAAUGAGAUCCGCGAGCAAAAUUUGGUUCUGGAAGAAAAUAAUAUUGGAAUGCAAGAUCCACUUGUAGAUGGGGAUGGUUAUCCGCGCAAUGACAUUGAUGUCUAUAAAGUAAGACAUGCCAGGCAUCUAAUUAUUUGUCUACAAAAUGACCAUAAAAAUAUAAUGAAACAAAUUGAAAGAGGCCUUGGAGAAGUGCACUCACAAUUUCGUGCUAAUGGUGAAGGAACCUCGAGUAAUGGUCAAUCACACAGCCAACACAUUAAUGGCUACGCUGAAGUCACACACAAUGUUAGUGAUGCCCGUCCAAAUGCAAAUGAUCAAGGAUUUGCAGUCAUAGCAUUUGUACUUUUGGGAUCUCCUGCUGAUACUGCUGGUCUACAUGAAAAUGAUGAACUCCUCGAAUUUGGGACGAUCAAUGCCACCAACUUUACAGAUCUGAACCAAGUCAAUAACCUCGUGCAGCACUCUGUGGGCCAACCUAUUCAACUGAGGGUAAGAAGAGGCUCUGUUGUCCUGAGCCUCACCAUCACACCCAGAGUGUGGACCAGGCCUGGUUUGCUUGGCUGUCGUAUUGAGAAGAAAUCUUAAUUACACAUACUUUUCUAUAUGUAUGUAUGUAUAUUUUUAUAAAUUAAAUAAAUAAUAUAAUUUAAGUAAA